UUGAAGAGUAAUCCUGAGAUUACACUUCUCGUUUCGCUAUCUGGUCGCGACGUCGUCGACGUAGUCGAGGACGUAGUCGUCUGCGAAUUCGGGUGCGCAUAGUGCGCACUGAUAGAGCACCUUCGGCGGAACGAGGGAAGCUUUUUGGCGUGUAGGCGUGCCGUUUCGCUCUGCUGUCCUUCACAGCGGCGUGACGCGUCACGUGACACGGCGUCACGUCACGUCACGCCCCACUUCACCGCGUGCAGCAACCGCCCAAAAGCCCGCCGUCACUCCGCCGAGCCAUGUGACCCCGGUUCGAAUCCCGGCUGCGCGAUGCUGUCUUUUUAUUUUGCAGGCAGGGGUCGCGUGCCCCUCCCUUGCGCCACCCUGGGCCCCAGGGCUGGGCCUGGGGGUCACUAGGCUGCAGAGCACUGCCGAGUGCCGACUCCCCGAUUCGAUGCUCUAGGUAUUUGGCACGGGCCGCCGCCUACACUGUACGGCAGCCAGCAAGCCAGCCAAGCCGGCCAGGCCGCGUGUACGUGCACGGUGCGGCCCGCGGUGCGGUGCUGUGGUCCCUCGGUGCCUCGGCCCGGGAAAAUAAAAAUAAGGUGAGCGGGGAAGAAUGUGACUAGGAACAAUGAUGCCUGCCCAGGGCCAAGGCCGACGAAGCCUCGGGCGAGGACAGCCGCGGGGCGUUCGGCGCGCCAGCACCACGUCCUCGGACGUGCAGGGAGUCCUCGACGAGCACCACGUUGUCGACGUGCACCUCGUCCUCGACGUACACCACGUCCUCGACGUGCACCACGUCCUCGACGUGCACCACCGUCCUCGACGUGCACCACGUCCUCGACGUGCACCACCGUCCUCGACGUGCACCACGUCUGCGACGUGCACCACGUCUGCGACGUGCACCACGUCCUCGACGUCCUUGACGUGCACCAUGUCCACCACGUCCUCGACGUGCACCACGUCCUCGACGUGCACCACGUCCUCGACGUGCACCACGUCCUCGACGUGCACCACGUCCUCGACGUCCACCACGUCCUCGACGUGCACCACGUCCUCGACGUGCACCACGUCCUCGACGUCCACCACGUCCUCGACGUCCACCACGUCCUCGACGUGCACCACGUCCUCGACGUCCUUGACGUGCACCACGUCCACCAUGUGCUCGACGUCCACCAGGUCCUCGACUUCCUCGACGUUGUCCUCAGUUCCGAGGGGACGCGGCACCCUAACCUAG